UUAUACUGUCAUUGGCAAGCUAUCACAUUUUUAUGACAUUUCGCAAUUCACUUGACAUUUGUGACAACCCUGUCGUUUGGGUGGCAGCCCGGUAAAAAUAGCGCGAAGUUUUUGUCUGUGCCGUAAAAAAAGAGGAGAACGCGGAAAAUUCGUGCAAAUAUGAGCGGCCGCAAGCACCGGGGCUCGGAAAACAUGGAAAAUCUGUGUCCUAUUACUAGAAAACGCUCAACCAACAAAUGCGGCCCAACACCCGCCGUUUCUGCCACGAAAUCUGGUCAUCACGAACUGCCUUCUUCGCCAUCAGCACUUACUUACGAAGCCCUGGAGGAGAUGGGCAUCGGCAUGCUGGACUCUGAAGAAAGCAGCUCCUCGGCCCUAUCAGCCAUUGCACUGGCGGUCAGUGCCACCAGCGAUGACAACUCCAAUGAGACAACACCCUACGUGAACGUUUCGCGCAUGUUGCACCAACAGCAGCAGCGCCUGAAUAUGAGCUCCACUGCAGACACUACUUUGGACAGUAGCUUGAACAAUACAACCGUCAUUGAUGAAGCGCAGCAGCGCCUUUUACGUCAAUCAGCCGAGAAACUGCAGGCCCUGACACAGGUAAAGCGCUCAGCCCUCGGGUCUGAGGCUGGAAGCAACUCCAAUUCGCCAAGCAAACGCUUGCGCAACCCCCUAGUGGCAGUCACAUGCAACAACCAAAGCGAAGCGGCGGCCCCUCUUAAUUUGCAACCCUCGACUAGUCGCCAAGCCCAACUGCGCCAAGCCAAGAAGCCUGUGGUUGUGCCUCCUCCGCAAACAGAUUGGCUGUGUCCCACCGAUAGCUUCUUCGUAUACCGCACGCCGGCUAUGAGCGCCCACAUCAGCAGUGGAAUCAACUACUUCGAAAGACUGUCGGAUGAGAUAGUACUAAAUAUUUUCAAAUGGUUGCCUAAAAAGACGCUUUUGCGCAUUUCUACCGUUUGCAAGCGAUUCAAUCGCUGCUCUCGCGACGAAACCUUGUGGACGCGCCUGGAUCUUGGCCUGCGCACACUGCGCCCAGGAGCCCUGGAGCAAAUAAUGAACCGUGGUGUGUUAGUCCUGCGUUUAGCGCAAGUUAGUAUUCAGGAACCGGCUUUUACGCCAUCAGCUGAUUUUAAUUUUAGACUACUAUAUUUGGACUUGAGUAUGGCGUCCAUUAGCAAAAGCUGUCUGCGCAUGUUCCUUUCGCAAUGUCGCCAACUAAAAAAGAUCAGCUUGGAAAAUAACGACCUGGACGAUGACAUAUGCGCCGAGCUCGCCCAGAAUAAAAAUCUGGAAGCUGUUAAUCUGACUAUGGCCUCCGGACUUACAGCGGGCGGCGUAAGGGUCUUAAUGCAGUCUCUUAACAACUUGAGUAGCCUGAACAUAUCUUGGACCGACCUAAGCGCAGAAGCUGUGACAGCUUUGGUCAGUAACAUCAGUCCCAAUGUUAUUCGUUUGAAUGUCGCAGGAUGCCGGCGCGUGCUUUUCGACUAUCAUGUUCUAAAUUUGCAAAGACGUUGCCCCCAACUCCUGGAACUUGACCUAUCCGACUGCAACAGCCUUACUCCAGCAGUCAUUCCGGCCAUUAUGCAAUUUAAAAUGCUGGAAUACCUAUCCGUUUCUCGAUGCUACCUUAUACCUGCUUCCAGGUUCAUAGAACUCAAAGAUAUGCCCUCUCUCACCUACUUGGACAUAUUUGGAAUGCUGUCAGACGCAGCAAUGGAAGUCCUUGAAAAACAAAUGCCAGAAAUGGGGAUCAACAAGUUCAUUCACAGCUCGGUAUCCCGUCCAACUGUGGGAACGCGUCGCACUUCAAUUUGGGGCCUGCGUACAAGAGACUAAAUUAAAUUUCACAUACAUUCUAACACUCAUAAUAAGAACUGCUGUAUUUUGCCUCCUAACGCAGUAAUUUAUU